AUGUUGCGCUCUCGCUUCCCUACCGCCCAUCACUUCACAGUGUCUAUGUUUGGGGCCCAAUACCAUGCCGACUCUCCUUCAUCAGACAAGCUUGCUCUUAUCAACAAAUUCGACGAACUCAUCAAGAAUGCCGCGAUUCAUGUCGAGGAACUGGAACAAAACGAUCUCCCUUCCAAGGUUUGGAUGAGUUACUGGGCCUCUCCACAGACUUUCAAGACAUGGUGGGAAAGCCCCGAGACCUCUUCGUUCUGGGCAUCUCUGCCCUCUGAUUCCGGCUUCUGGAGAGAGACCGUGAGCAUCCCCGCCACCAGAGCGCUGUACGAGUCCAACAAAAGUCAACCAUCUGGCUUUGGCCACUGCGGCGACCUCAUUCCUCUCACUGAGAAGACCGGAUACUGGGGUGCCUACCGCUCGCGCAUGACCCCUGCAACUCCUGACGACAAAUUCGAGUCCCCUUUGCCCGCUGUCCCCCAACCCCGACCGCUCGCCGACAAGAUUCGACCCGGAAGAGUCAAGAUUUCCAAAUUCCCUGAUAACAUCUGCUUCGUGGUCGAAGGCCAGGACUACAGCGCUAUGCCCCAGAAUGAACGCGACUACUGGAACGAAAACUUUGAUGGCUUGACGAAGCAAUGGGUUACCAACGUUGUCACUGGCGGGCCCGAAAAGGGAAUGAUCUCGGCAAGAGCUUGCCAUGCCUUCGCUGGUGAAAAGCAACCUGGCGCGACUCAUGGUGUCUCAGUCAACGGAUCUCAUGCUACGACAAAUGGAACCAAUGGAGUCAAUGGAACCAAUGGUGUGAAUGGAACCAAUGGCAUCAACCACGAGGGGGAGACGACUGAUGCUGUCACGAAGGGCCGAUCCAUCUUCCCUGGCUUGGACUAUAUUCGCCAGGCGCAGCUUUUGUUCUGGUUGGAUCUUUCCAAAAUGGAGCAUAUGGGGAGGUGGGACAAGGUCCACGUCAAACUCAGGAGAGACUUUUUUACUGCAUACGGACCUGGUGGGGUUAUGGAGGGCGGUGACUUGUUGCUUUGGGUUGAUGUUGCAAUUCUGAAGGGUGAAGAGAUGGACGCAGAGUACAUCGGUUGCUACGAUGGAACUGGCUUCUUGGCGUAUGACGAUCAUCCGUCCUUCGCCAGUGAACAAGUCAAGGUCGCGAAGCUACCAUCAUUUUUCGACCAGCCUAUUCCAUCUAAGCCUAUUGAGUGGUAG